AUGUUGCACCACCACUUCCUCCUUAUAACCUAUCCAGCACAGGGCCACAUUAAUCCCACCCUCCAAUUCGCCAAACGCCUAAUCCGAAUGGGCAUGGAGGUCACUUUGGUCACCGGGGUCUCCGCCCUCAGCCGUAUGGCCAAAGCUCCAAGCUCCGCCGGCUUAACCUUCACCACCUUUCCGGAUGGAUAUGCUGAAUGGGACAAGGCCAGGGCAGAUUUCAGUCACCAGUUGUCGGAGAUAAAGCGUUCUGGAUCACAAGCUCUUACUGAUAUUAUCCUGCGCAGCGCUGAACAAGGCCGACCUGUUACUUGCUUGGUGCACACUUUACUGCUUCCUUGGGUGACAGGAGUGGCGCGUAGACUUCAUGUUCCGUCUGCGCUUCUUUGGAUUCAAACCGCAACAGUUUUGGAUAUCUACUAUUAUUACUUCAAUUAUUAUGGUGAUGUGGUUAGAAAAAAUAGCAAUGAUCCCUCAUGUUCCAUUGAGCUACCAGGGCUACCACUUCUGACUUGUGGUGAUCUUCCCUCUUUCUUACUCACUGAUUCGAUUUCCUUCUCAACAUUUCAAGAACAGGUGGAGGUACUUACCCAAGAAACGAAUCCUAAAGUACUGGUGAACACCUUUAAUGAAUUAGAGGCUGAGGCUCUAAGGUCUGUGGAUAAGCUUAAGUUGAUUGGGAUUGGACCUUUGAUUCCAUCUGCUUUCUUGGAUGCUAAAGAUCCGUCAGAUACUUCUUUUGGAGCAGACAUUUUUCAUGGUUCUACAGACUGCAUUCAAUGGUUGAACUCCAAGCCCAAGUCAUCUGUAAUUUAUGUAUCGUUUGGGACAUUAUGUGAUUUGCCAAAGCCGCAAAUGGAUGAGAUUGCGAGGGCUUUGCUAGAUAGUGGCCGGCCUUUUUUGUGGGUCCUAAGAUCACAAGGAAGUGGAAAUGUGAAAGACAAAGAUCAAGAAGAAGAGAAGUGGAAUUGCAGAGAAGAGUUGGAAGAGAAGGGGAUGAUAGUGCCUUGGUGUUCCCAAUUGGAGGUUCUGUCACAUCCAUCAUCGGGAUGUUUUGUGACACAUUGUGGGUGGAAUUCAACUUUAGAGGGCCUUGCUUGCGGGGUCCCUAUUGUGGCAUUUCCCCAAUGGAGCGAUCAACGGACCAACGCAAAGCUGAUCACAGAAAUGUGGAAGACUGGGGUUCGAGCACUCGUUAAUGAAGAAGGAAUAGUUGAAAGUGAUGAAAUGAAGAGGUGCUUGGAAAUUGUUAUGGAAGAUGGAGAAAGAGCAAGAGAAAUGAGGAGGAAUGCUGAGAAAUGGAAAGAUUUGGCAAGGGAAGCUGUGAAGGAAGGUGGAUCUUCAGACAGAAAUCUUAAGGCUUUUGUGGAUGAAGUUGUGGCUGAGAGAGUGGAAGAAAUGAGAAGGAAUGCUAAUAAACCGAAGGAUUUGGAAAAGGAAACUGUGAAGGAAGGUGGAAUCUCAGACAAGAAUCUUAAAGUUUUUGUGGAUGAAGUUCCUGAAGGAAGAGGCGAAGAAACGGUGAGGAAUGCUGAGAAAUGCAAAGAUUUGGCAAGGCAAGUUGUGAACCAAGGUGGAUCUUCAGACAAGGAUCAUAAGGCUUUUGUGGAGGAAGCUGACGGAGAAAGAGUGGAAGAAUUGAGAAGUAACACUGAGAAAUGGAAGGAUUUGGCAGCGGAAGCUGUGAACGAAGCUGGAUAUUCGGAUAAGAAUCUUGGGGCUUUGGUGGAUAAGGUUGCUGAAGAAAAAGUGGAAGAAAUGAGGAAUGGUGAGAAAUGGAAGGACUUGACAAGGGAAGGUAUGAAAGAUGGAGCAGUUUCAGAUAAGAAUCUUAAAGCUUUGUUGGAUGAAGUUGCUGCAGGAAGACUGGAACAAUUUAGUAUGAAUGGUGGAUUUUCACACAAGAAUCUUAAAGCUUUUAUGGAUGACAUUGCAGCUGGAGAAGAGCAGUACAAUUGAGCAGGAAUGAUGGAUUUUCA